AAUUUAUUUGUGUACGUAACUUUCACUGAAAAUAAUAUUCUGAGGAUCAAAAUAACAUCGAAAAAGUGAAUAUUGUUGUAAUUCGACUGAGUAGAAAUAAUUGUGAUCAAAAUGGCUGGCAUACCUUUGAUGUAUGCUCAAGAGGACUGCGAAUUGGGAGGAAAAGAUAAUAUUGAGGAUGACUUUGCAUACCGCAACAAUGUGAUCAACGCAGACAGAGAGAUCCGCCUUGGCUUCAUUCGCAAAGUGUACGGGCUGCUGACAAUACAGCUGCUGGCCACAGUGUCUAUCGCUGCAGUGUUCCUGCUCGUCAAGCCCGUGCAGGGAUUCAUACAUGAGAAUAACUGGAUGGUGUUCAUAGCGUUCAUUCUGAGCAUGGUAACGCUGUUCGCACUCAUCGCCAAGAGGAAGGACUAUCCCGCCAACUUAUACCUGUUGGCAGGCUUUACUGCUGUACAAGCGUACACAAUAGGCGUGGUGGUAUCGUACUUCGACACUGCUGUGGUUCUGCAAGCGCUCGCUCUCACCUUCACUGUGGUGUUCGCGUUGACACUCUUCACUCUCAACACCAAACGCGACUUCUCUUUCAUUGGAUAUGGCCUCGGAGCCGGUCUAUGCGUGCUCAUCGUUGGCGGUAUCCUCCAGAUUUUCCUCCAAAGCUCGGCCUUCGAGAUCGCUCUAUCCUUCACCGGCGCCAUCUUCUUCAGUCUCUUCCUAAUCUUCGACACCCACCAGAUGAUGACGGUCCUCUCCCCCGAGGAGUACAUCCUGGCCACUAUCAACCUGUACAUGGACAUAUUGAAUCUGUUCCUGUACAUACUGCGCAUCCUCAACGAGUUGAACAGGAAUUAGGUGCGUCAGAAAUGUGUUAUGUACAUUUAUUAUUCUAUUAAUGUACAUUAGUUGACUUUUCUUAAUUUAAUAAAAACUUUGAUUGUGAAUUUUUAGUUUAAUAAAUAUUGUAAAUUGUAAUUUUGAUCAUUGCUUUUACAGACUUAUUUACAGACUUUAUUUUGAGUUAUUAAAUAUAUUUUAUGUAAAGAAAAAUGUAUUUAAAUUAUAUUCAAUAAUGUUCGCACAUAAAUGUAGAAAUAUUAAGUGUGUUUGCAACAUUCCAUUAAAAUAAGUGUUCUCAUAUUUUGAAAAUUUCUAUGGCGUAGUAGUUAAAUUACCCGCGUGAUCGGUAGGUUCAAGGUUCGAUUCCGAUUCUUGCAAUUUGCAAAAUUAGACAAUUCAUUGAUAGCUUGUAAUCAAGUCGUAGUCGUACGUAUUAUCUUUGAAAGCUAUUUAUUAAAACAAUAAUAAAUAAUCAAUUUAACAGUA